UCCAGAAUGUACUUUAAUGUAAUGUUGAUGUGAAGUGAAGUGAAAAUUAAUUAUGAGUGCGAUUAGACAUGAGGCCUGGGACUCGGUUAGCUGAUCAUCUGUAAUAUAAAAAUGCUUGAGUUUCCUGUUUGGAAAGGAAGGAGUGCAGCUGAAAGAGUAUGAGACAGAGAGAGUGGAGUAGCUAAGAGUGAUUGAGGAGGAAGAAAAAGGAAGGAAGAAAAGAAAGAAAGAAAGGAAGGAAGGAAGGAAGAAGACAGGAUUAACAGAUGAUAGAUCUGUAGCCGGCUUCUGCUUUCCACCAGAACAUUAGCGCUGUUUUUGUAUGAUCCGUGUUUAAUAGCUUUCUUUAUAUCCUAGCUUUCGCUAGCUCCCAUGAAAUGAUUUUCCUCGAUGUCUAGAUGUCAUCUAAGACGUAAGAUACACGCAGAAAUCUUUUAUAUGGAUAUACAUCUUUUAAAAAAAAAUUAUGAUUAUUUUAAGGCUUUUGCACGGAUUUAGCUUGAGUGCAUUGUAGUGUAUGGGGUGCGCGAGCCAGCUUAGCAUCUAGCUAGCAUCUCAAAUCAUCUCAGGUCAAGCCUAGACAGCUGAAAUAAUUAUUAGAAUUCGUGAUUGAGCCGUCCUGAGAGAUUUAUUGGAUUGUGCUACAGGGUUUAUUAAUCGGUUUUUGUCCAUUUCUUGUUUGUGAACUGUAGAUAAAUAAGUGUACUUUGGUUGGUUAAGAGAAGCAGCGGCGCUAGGCCUCAGGCCUCGGUGUAGAGUUGAAUCCUGAGCCGGUUUUGAAACUCCUGUGUGUUUGGGCGAAAUCUCCUAACAACCGGAAGGGCCAUGGGCGACAACAGAGAUUCUCGCAGUCCAGACAGCUCUUCUGUGUCGUCACCACCUUCAGGGAAACAAUCACCUGCACUGGUUCCCUCAGCAGCUGCCAUGACCUCGCUGCCGCCCGUUACUUCGGCGGUCAGCAGUCCCAUCAGCAGCAUGGGGUCCCCUUUUUCUGUAAUCAGCUCGUCUCUCGGUUCUCCGUGUCUCCCCGGGACGCCGUCGGUGGGCUACGGCCCCAUCAGCAGUCCCCAGAUCAACUCCACGGUGUCCAUGUCCGGCCUGCAUGCCGUCAGCAGUUCAGACGACGUAAAGCCUCCUUUUGGCCUGAAGCCGCUUUUAGGCCACACCCCUGGACCUACCCUGUCUCAGAAACGCCUCUGCGCUAUCUGUGGCGAUCGCUCCUCCGGUAAGCACUACGGAGUGUACAGUUGUGAGGGAUGUAAAGGCUUUUUCAAGCGCACUGUCAGGAAAGACCUGAGCUACACUUGCAGAGACAACAAGGACUGUAUGGUGGACAAGCGUCAGAGGAACCGCUGCCAGUACUGCCGCUACCAGAAAUGUCUAGCCAUGGGAAUGAAGAGAGAAGCUGUUCAGGAGGAGCGUCAGAGGAACAAAGAGCGAGACGGAGAAGUGGAGUCCACAAGUGUGGUGAAUGAAGAAAUGCCAGUGGAGAAGAUCCUGGAAGCGGAGAUGGCUGUGGAGCAGAAGAUCGAGCUGCAUUCUGAUGGAAGUUCAGGCACCAGCUCUGAAAACGAUCCUGUCACGAACAUCUGCCAGGCAGCUGAUAAACAGCUGUUCACUCUGGUGGAGUGGGCCAAGAGAAUCCCACACUUCUCAGAGCUGGCUCUCGACGAUCAGGUCAUCCUUCUACGUGCUGGUUGGAACGAGUUGCUGAUUGCCUCGUUCUCUCAUCGCUCCAUCACUGUAAAGGAUGGCAUUUUGCUGGCCACUGGACUCCACGUGCACAGAAACAGUGCACAUAGCGCAGGAGUGGGAGCCAUCUUCGAUAGGGAGAGUGCGCACAAUGCAGAGGUUGGGGCCAUAUUUGACAGGGUGCUGACUGAACUAGUGAGUAAGAUGAGGGAUAUGCAGAUGGAUAAGACGGAGCUGGGGUGUCUACGAGCCAUCAUUCUUUUCAACCCAGAUGCAAAGGGGCUUUCAAACCCGAGUGAGGUGGAGUUACUGCGAGAGAAAGUCUAUGCUGCACUAGAAGCUUAUUGUAAACAGAGAUAUCCUGACCAGCAGGGGAGGUUCGCCAAGCUCCUCCUCCGACUGCCGGCUUUGCGCUCCAUCGGUUUAAAAUGUCUGGAACACCUCUUCUUCUUCAAGCUGAUCGGCGACACCCCGAUCGACACCUUCCUCAUGGAGAUGCUGGAGGCUCCUCAUCAACUGACCUAACGUGGACCACUUUCUACCCAGGGUGUAACCGGUAGCCUGGACAUCGGGGCUUCACUGUGUCUGUUCAAUCUCCUGCUUACACUUUUCCUUUUCUUUUACCUUCAUCCUCCUACGCUAGUAUCGCGCCAAAAAAGAAAAAAAAAAGACUUUCAUCAUCUCUCCGGGAUACGAAGAGGGGAAAUUUUACAUUUGAGAGAGAUUUGUAUUUUACAAAUAAGCUUUGUUUUGGGUUUCAUUUACACAGCCUUUGUAUGGAUAAUGGUGCUCAGCAUUGUUUUUAUCUGCUACAAAAAAAAAAAAAAAAAAAAAAUACAACCGGUACGUUUCCCAUAACACAAGCUCAUUGACCUGGACUGGACGUCACUCAUCGUAUCCCUAAAGCGGUGAAAUUUGCUUCCUGUAGCAGUUCAUUUCUUCAUAUAGACCUUCCUCAGAUUUUACUUUUGUCGUGUCCAAUUCACGUACAUGAACUUUAACCCCAUGACCAUGGAUGGAGGGAAUGGAGGGCUGGUAGAAGACGAGAGCACGGUGGACAUGGUUUGGUCAGCAGGAGCUGAAGAGCUGUUUUAAACUAGCCCAUAUGAACCGCUUAAUAACCUUCUGUUUAACGAGCUAACAAGCACUUAACUGCCCACUGAGUCUAGUUUCCUUGUCCCUAAUCACCUGAUCAGACCCGGCCACCGAAAUCUGUUAGAUCACCAAGUCUUCCCAAAUCAGCUCAGAAUCAAACUGCACUGUUGCAUUUUGGGUAAAAGCUCAGAAAUCAGCAGCAGUAGCAUUUGGCUCAUGUGUUACACGAAGAAAGAAAAACAGUGUGAUGUAAUGCGUAGUCCACUCUUUAUCGUCCCUCUUGCCCCACCCACUAACCGUGUCGCUUGUAAUCAGCAGCUCUGAAGCUCAUGCGGUCAGUUCACAAUAGCAGAGGGUCAGAUAACUACAGUUUAUUCCUCUGGGGCUCAUGUAACAUGCAGCUUAACGCUUCAGGUGCUGUCCGCGAAUCUGGACUGACGGAACUGGACGUAGUCGGACGUGUGUGUGUGUGUGUGUGUGUGUGAGAGCAGGGUUCUUUAAAGCUGAUUUCAUGGCUCUUUAGUGUUUUUCACCUUUUCCUUGUUUCUAUACCUCUGUACUGCCCAGGACUCCUGUUUUUACCCGUGACGUGAACCGCAACUCGGACACAAUGACCCCCAGAUUCACUUUGAAAAAGUCUGUGUAUACUGUGAUGUACAAUAUGUGAAUCCAAUCACUUAUUAUUAUUUUUUAAAAUAUUUUUCAUGUGCCAAAUGUGACUCUCUCUCUCUCUCUCUCUCUCUCUCUCUCUCUCUUGCAUUAUGUUGUGUUUAAAAAUAGUAAUAAUAAUAAUAAUAAUAAUAAUAAUAAAUAAAAAAAAUACCCAGGGUCAGUCAGUUAAGUCCUUUUUAAGGGGCUUGACACGUUCGACAUUCCCUAACAGUGUCUGUGCUUCUCUCACCUCCAUUUUAUUGAUUAAUUAUAUAAAUAUAAAAAAAAAUAAUAAUAAUAACCUGAUCGUUAUUUUCCUGGCUGAAUCACUUUGUAAAUGUUAAAACCAGCAAUCUGGCAACCUAUGCACAGACCACGCUCCAAACCUGGUGUAUGUUUCUAGGUAGAAUGAAUUAUAUAGUGUGUGUGUGAACUGCAGUCGGUCCGAAUCAGAGGAUCUUGUUCUGUGUGUCUUUCAUUUAAAGGCAGAUGCGACAAAAACAGAAGAUUUGGAAUGUUUGUUUUAUUUUCAGCCUCGUUUCCUCUCCACUUUUCCUUUUAUCGCAUGACCACGUGCUUCCUCUGAAGCUACACAACUGCUUCUUUUCAUCAUGGGGCAGUCACACGGACAAAAGCGACGUCUGUCCGCCUGUGAUGGAUGGUCGCUCUGAUUGAUUGACAGGGGAGAGAAUAAGCUCCUCCCACUCCAGAAGAUCAUCAGGAUCAGCAACUUCCUUUGAUUUCUGAGCAAACGUUCAGUACUUGAUAACUCACCGGUUUGAUCUCUCGUCACUGCGCACACUGGUACUGACCAGCAGAUUUGUGGAACUGGACCCGAAACUGCGAAGUAUCCCCCCCCCCCCGGACUAUAAAACAGACUGAUGGAGGUUUUUCCUCUCUACACUCUUCUGUGUGUUUUUAUUGUAAUACCUGGAACCAUACGAUACCUAAAAAAAAAAGACACCAGGUGGAUCAUCACUUCUCUGCCGUUACCCAGCAUGCAGUGCGCUGUGUUUGUAAAGAAUCAUCUUUUGAAAAUAUAUCGGUCCUGUUCGUACAUAAACACCCAUUAAACACAACGACAAAUAAAAGGUCACUUUUUUCCCUCUUUCCUUUUUUAUCUUUGUGUAAUAAAGUUGGGGAUGAAAAAAAAUUCUAGUAUUUUCUUUUAUUUAUUUUCCUUGCUCACGGCGUUUGACUCGCUCUGUUGUACGGUGUCUGAUUAAAGAUUUUAUUCCUGUA